AUGUCUUUAAAUUUAACUCUACAAGAAAAUGAUCCCUUCUAUAAAAAACAACCUAUUCGAACACGUAAAAAACGUUUACAAGAAUCAUCACAAACUUCUGCUGAUCAACAAGAAAAAUUAUUUGUUGCUAAAUUAAAACAGUGUUGUGUAAUAUUUGAUUUUUCGGAUUGUGUUAGUGAUCUUAAAAGUAAAGAAAUAAAACGUGCAUGUCUCAAUGAAAUUGUGGAUUAUAUAACGGUGACGAGAAAUUGUUUAGCAGAAAAUAUUUAUCCAGAAGUGAUAACAAUGGUAGCAACGAAUUUAUUUCGUAUUUUACCACCAAUUGGUACUGAUACUGUAGCGGAUGAAACAGGUGCUGAAGAUGAAGAACCAACAUUAGAAGCAUCAUGGCCACAUACACAAAUAGUCUACGAAUUUUGUUUACGUUUUCUAGAAUCUAUUGAUUUUCAACCUAGUGUAGCGAAAAAAUAUAUCGAUCAAAAAUUUGUUUUACAAUUACUUGAAUUAUUUGAUAGCGAAGAUCCACGUGAACGAGAUUUUUUAAAAACAAUUCUUCAUCGUAUUUAUGGAAAAUUUCUUGGUUUAAGAGCAUUUAUUCGAAAACAAAUAAAUAAUAUCUUUCUCAGGUACAUUUAUGAGCAUGAACGAUUUAAUGGCAUUGCUGAACUACUUGAAAUACUUGGAAGUAUUAUUAAUGGUUUUGCUGUACCACUUAAAGAAGAACACAAAGUAUUUCUUGGACGUGUGCUUAUACCGUUACAUAAAGCUCAUUCAUUAAAUUUAUUUCAUCCACAAUUAACUUAUUGUGUUGUACAAUUUAUUGAAAAAGAUCCAUCACUUGGUGAACCAAUUAUAAAAGGUUUACUUAAAUUUUGGCCCAAAACAUGCUCAACAAAAGAAGUUUUAUUUCUCAAUGAACUUGAAGAAAUUCUCGAUAUAAUCGAUGGACAAAUAUUUAAAAAUGUUUGUACAUCACUUUUUAAACAAAUUUCACGUUCUGCAACAUCAUCACAUUUUCAAGUAGCUGAAAGAUCACUAGCUUUAUGGUCAAAUGAAUAUGUUGUGCAAUUAAUUGAAGAAAAUUUAGAACAAAUUUUACCAAUUCUUCUUCCACCAUUAUGUCGAAUAUCUAAAACACAUUGGAAUACAAAUAUAAUAACAUUAACAUAUAAUUUAUUAAAAAAUUUAAUGGAUAUUAAUAAAAAAUUAUGUGAUGAUGUAUUAAAUACAUUACGAGAUGAUGAACAAAAGUCUAUGAUUAAAGAACAAGAUCGAAUAAAUUUUUGGAAACAACUCGAACAACCGAGUUUCGACAAACAAAAUGAAUGA